AUGGGUGGUGUGAAAGGGAACAUCUCCUGCCAUGCCAUGUCAACAGACAGAUGCCACAUCUGUCUGACUCUGGCCUCCCCAAAUGUGGAUUUCUGGGGCAUGCAGGACCGCAGUGACACACGACGUCCCCGCACGAAGGUGCUGCGUGCAGAGGAGUCAGACAACAGCGGGCUCAGGCGCGGAGAUCGGAGGAGAAGCGGAGAGGAGCGAGGGGCCGGAGGACCCCAGGCGGAAAUGCCUCCCGCGGCCGGGGCCGGCGUCGCGGGGGGCGGGGCGCGGAUGCAGAGCUUCUGGCGGUCAGGGACGGAAGGGCUGGGAAAGGAUGGGGGAGAUGGGAGCGUGGUUAAGAACAGCCCGAGGAGAAGGGAAGCUUGGAAACCUACUGCUUGGGGGUCAUUUGAUUCCACGAUACUGUACACGUCUGAAAGUACGCGCCUGGAAAGCAGUGUUUCUCUCGCUUCCAUUCACGGCUGGAUGCCCAGUGCCUGGAGCGGAGCCAGACUCGUGGUCGGCAUUCACCGCAGCCGAGGAAGUGACAGCGAAGCUGGCCCCGUGCCCAGCAUCAGCACCGCUGACCAGAGCCUCUGGAGCAGGGGCGCUGGCUGGAUCCUGCAGAGCCUGCUGGAAGCAUGCGAGAGCUGA